UUCCUUUUUAUCUUCAAAAUUCAAGCUUUUUCCAUUUCACUUGUCACUCAGUUAAUAAUUACCUCUCACAAUCAACUCUUUCUUUCCCAGCAUUUUCCUCAUAAUUUUUUUUCUUUUUCUUUUAAAAUUAAAGCUGAAGCAGCUUCUGAUCUUGAGAUUGUAUGGGGCAGCUUGAUUUGAUUGUUAAAAACAAGCCGUUGGUAUCUAAUUCAACAGUUUGUAUUAUCAGCUUUGAAUUUUUCAGGUUACUUAAAGCACUCAUUGUAGUUUGUUUUUUGGGUAUUUGAUGGUGUUAAAGGAGAUAGCUUACAGAAAAGGAUCAUGAGUGAUAACGAGGAUCGAUCAGUUUCUCAAAAGAAUAAAACAAAAAUGCCUGAGAAACAUAAACAUGUUCCGAGUAGAGAUGUUUUGCCCGGGACUGAUCUUUGGACAGAUGGAUUGAUUUGUGCUUUUGAGUUUAUUCGAGGCCAUAAGAAACCAAUGAACACAAGAUAUGGUUAUAGGGUGCAAGUGCCUGCCAAUAAACUAACCGAGGCAUCUUCUCGAGGACUUGGUGAACAGAAAGUAAUGGAAUCCUCUUUCAGUUUAGAGUCAAGGGAUCGUGUGGCUGUUUCUUUAGAUGAAUACAAUAAUGGACAUAGCCUUCAACCAAGCCGGUUUCGUACUACCGAAAAAUUUGAUGGAAGCUAUUGGGCACCUAUCGGGUGGGAAAGAAUUUCGGACCUUGUCAAAAAUGUGCAAGUCAAUGGAAGCUGGGAUUCACAACAGUUUGAAUGGAUAGAUACUGAAGAUGAUUUAACCGUUGCAGAUUUAGCAGCUCCGUAUUGGGAACGACCGGCAGGGCCCAUAUGGUGGUGCCAUUUAGCUGCUGGUAACCCCACCAUUGUGUCUUGGCUCAACAAUGCUCAAUGGUUACAUCCUGCUGUUAGCUUAGCUUUGAGAGAUGAAAGCAAACUGAUAAGUGAGCGGAUGAAGCACCUUCUAUACGAGGUCCCGGUUAGAGUGGCAGGAGGGCUGUUAUUUGAGCUAUUGGGACAAUCAGUUGGAGAUCCACUUGUCGAGGAAGAUGACAUCCCUAUCGUGCUCCGUUCUUGGCAAGCGCAAAACUUCCUCUUAACUGUUCUUCACGUAAAAGGGACCGUAUCUGGUGUAAAUGUUCUCGGAAUAACGGAAGUUCAGGAGCUUCUUGCUGCUGGAGGUCACAACGUGCCUAGAACAGUUCAUGAAGUCAUAGCACAUCUAGCUUGCCGCCUUACACGGUGGGAUGACAGGUUGUUUCGUAAAUCCAUUUUCGGGGCAGCAGAUGAGAUCGAAUUGAAGUUUAUGAACAGGAGAAACCACGAGGACAUGAAUCUUUUCGCCAUUAUUAUGAACCAAGAAAUCCGAAGAUUGUCAAAGCAGGUUAUCAGAGUGAAAUGGUCGCUCCACGCAAGAGAAGAGAUUGUUUUCGAGCUUCUGCAACAUUUGCGGGGAAAUGCGGCUAGAAUGUUGCUGGAAGGAAUACGAAAGAACACAAGAGAGAUGAUUGAAGAGCAAGAAGCAGUUCGUGGCCGUUUGUUUACGAUUCAAGAUGUUAUGCAAAGCACUGUUCGUGCAUGGUUACAGGACCGAAGCCUUAGGGUAACUCAUAAUUUAGGUGUUUUUGGUGGUUGUGGCCUUGUUCUUACCAUUAUUACUGGGCUGUUUGGAAUCAAUGUUGAUGGGAUCCCCGGGGCAGAGGGUACACCAUAUGCGUUUGGUUUGUUUACAGCCAUCCUCGUUGUCAUUGGAAUUGUGCUAAUUGUUAUCGGCAUGCUUUAUCUCGGGUUAAGAGAGCCUAUAAAUGAAGAGCUAGUGCAAGUUAGGAAGCUAGAGUUACAAGAGCUGGUUAAAAUGUUCCAACACGAAGCGGAAGCUCAUGCCCAGGUUCGUAAAAGUACUUAUCGGAAUAACUUGACACCAACUAGCGGAGAUGGAUUCCUUGAUGAUGCCGAUUAUGUUCUCAUCCAAUAACACAUAUACAACUGUUCAAGUACUAUAAUAUGUACCAUUUGCUAGCUAUUGAUGGCUAAAAGAAGAUAAAUUUUGUACUCGUAAUCAUAACAAUCAUAACACCGUUGAAUGCAAUUACGAUCAUUUCUA